GAUGUCAGCAGCGCAGCCCGCGAGCGCAGGCAGCGGCUCCCGCAGAGCCCCGAACUGCUGACAAACCCCUCGGAGACGCACGUCAGAGCAGCUAACGGGGGCAUCCUUCCAACCGAACCACAAAUGCACGAGGGAAAACAGUAAACCUGUCUUUCAUUUCAGGGACCGUCAUGAUCAAAACAGCUACUUUCGACAUCCGGCCAAGACCUCUGCCUGCUAAUUUCUGUUUAAACGAGUUGAUGUGAGAAAUUAAGCGAGUUUGAACAGGCUGUUAUUUCCGACAGGCUUUGGAGGACUUCACGCUGUGCAAGUUUUACGUGCUGAAAGCUAACAGCUUGCUGGAGAGAUGAGUUCUCAAUCCAAACCUGGCGGGGGCUUUGCAGCAACUUCUUGGGUGGAGAGAGAACUUUCUGCUGAACUCAACCAUCUGCGUGUUGUGCACAGGAUCCAAUCAUAACCUGCUAUGGAGAAUUACUGUUAAGAUGAGUGCCUACCUUGCUGAGAAAUCCAAUUCAUCAAUACUUGGAUAUUUGAAAGUGUCUGCAUUAAAUAGCAGCAAUCUUUCUGCAAACAGCUCCAAUGAGACAACAAGCAACCUGGAUUUGCCUACCUUGGAUAUCAGUAGGGCGAUAACUGUGGGGCUCAUCCUAGGUGCCUUUAUACUCUUUGCUAUUAUAGGUAAUAUUUUGGUAAUUCUCUCUGUUGCUUGCAAUAGACAUUUAAGAAUCCCUACAAACUAUUUCAUAAUUAACCUUGCAAUAGCAGAUUUGUUGCUGAGUUUUACUGUCCUUCCAUUCUCUGCUACACUGGAAAUCCUUGGCUACUGGGUUUUGGGGAGGAUAUUUUGUGAUAUCUGGGCAGCAGUUGAUGUGCUCUGCUGUACAGCUUCUAUUUUAAGUCUAUGUGCAAUCUCCAUAGAUAGAUAUAUAGGAGUACGUUAUUCUCUUCAGUAUCCAACUUUGGUAACAAGAAGAAGAGCAAUUCUAGCUCUCCUAGGUGUCUGGGUCCUUUCCAUGGUAAUUUCUAUUGGACCUCUUUUGGGCUGGAAAGAACCAGCACCCAAGGAUGAGAAAGUGUGCCGUAUCACUGAAGAACCAUUCUACGCUUUGUUUUCUUCCUUGGGGUCAUUUUACAUUCCUUUAAUCGUCAUCCUCGUCAUGUACUGUCGGGUCUACAUAGUGGCCAAAAGGACUACAAAAAAUCUGGAAGCCGGGGUUAUGAAAGAAAUGUCCAACUCCAAGGAGCUGACGCUACGGAUUCACUACAGGAACAUUCAUGAGGACACCUUAAGCAGCAACAAAUCCAAGGGUCACAAUCCCAGAAAUUUCUUAGCUCUCAAACUUUUAAAAUUCUCUAGAGAAAAGAAGGCAGCCAAGACGCUGGGAAUUGUGGUUGGCAUGUUUAUCUUGUGCUGGCUACCUUUCUUCAUUGUUCUGCCUCUAGGAUCCCUGUUCUCAGCUCUGAAACCCCCUGAAAUAGUCUUCAAGGUGAUUUUUUGGCUUGGCUACUUUAACAGCUGCUUGAAUCCAAUCAUCUACCCUUGCUCAAGCAAAGAGUUCAAGAGAGCUUUCAUACAGAUUCUAAAAUGCCAGUGCCACCGUCGAAAGCAGUUGGGGUGGUGGGCCUACAGCUACAGGAACUGGAAUCGGUGCUCCUUUGAACACCCUCGGAAGGACUCUCUGGAAGACAGUGGGAGUUUCUUAAGUGGCAGUCAGAGGACAUUAUCUUCAGCAUCUCCCAGCCCUGGCUACCUGAGCAAAAUCACUCACCCGCAUAUGGAAAUGUGUACAUUCCAGGAAUGGAAAAACCCCAGCUCUUUCCUGAGCCCCUUACAAGAAGGCAGCAGUCAAAAGAACCCAUGCCAAUUCUUCACCUUCAAUCUCCUAACAGAGCGCAAUGGACACAUAGCUGCUAGCAGCCAAGCCUCCAGCAAUGGGGACCACGAGGACAUCUGUGACACAAUGAAUGGUAGAACUGACUGUAGUACAAGCAUCGUGCUGGAAUGAAUGGAUUCUAAUCAGUCUGCACAGAUUCUGCACUCUUCAUACACCAACCUCUGAUAUUUAUCCCAGGGGAAGACAUGGACCACUGCACAGUUCUCAGUAUGGCACUAGAAGGAAGCCAGUGAGGAACAGGCAGAUUAUCAUCACAAGAAUGGCAAAAUCUAGAGGCUAGCUAUGUUCCUAAUAAGUUGCUAAAGAUGCUACUGAAACAAAUACAGAAUGCAGAAAAGUAGCUGGAUAAACCCAGGGAAGUACACAGCCAAUUAUUCAGCUAUCAUGGUAGUGCUGUAGAACAGCCAAACACACAUGUAUAUAGAAAGAACGUAUAAAUGUGGGGGAGGGCAAGGGAAAUGUGUAUGAAAGUUUGUGCUCACACGUGUGCUAGCAGCAUGUUUGGAUACCUGAGAGUGGAAGUGAGCAAUGCAGUUGUACAGCGCUGUUUGUACCUCUCCAGAGCACUAGCUGCUGCUGAUUUUGCCUGCAAAAUUCUGAUUGUUGCUGUACUUCACUGUACAUUAGCACUUUAGAAAUGGAAAACAAUGUCAAAGAUUAAAGUAAUUUCGCAACAAUUUAA